CCAAAACCCUAACUAUAAUAACAGAAGGUAAAAAAUUGGGUUGAAUGGCACUCGCAUCGACACUCUCUUCCAUCGUCACAGCUCCGGCGAUCCGUCGCCGACUUCCCUUAAUCGGCGCCUUUUGUAUGCUCAGUUUCGGAUUCGCUCAUUUCUGUCCUUCUCACAGUCUCUCGGAAUUUGGUCGAUCUCAAUCUCCGUCGUUCGAUCCUCUCAUCAGGGCGAAAUUCAGCAGUCAAACAACAGCUACGAAUCGUGUUCACAGAGUUAAAAUGGAGUCGACUAGUAAUACUGUUCCCAGUAUCGUUGUUUAUGUUACCGUCCCAAAUAAGGAAGCUGGUAAGAAAUUAGCAGAAAGCAUAGUGAAGGAGAAACUUGCUGCUUGUGUAAACCGAGUACCAGGCAUUGAAUCUGUAUAUGAAUGGAAGGGAGAGAUUCAAACGGAUAAUGAAGAAUUACUGAUAAUAAAAACUAGGGAAUCUCUUCUUGACGCGUUGACCGAGCACGUCAAGGCAAAUCAUGAAUAUGAUGUACCUGAAGUCAUCGCGAUGCCAAUAAUCGGUGGAAGUGUUCAGUACCUGGAAUGGAUCAAGAACAGUACAAGAGAAUGAAUAAUGCAAGGCUUCACAGUUUGAUUCCAAAUAGUGUAUGUCUGUUAUUGUUUUUGUGUCUGAAUUCAGGUAUGUACUAAGUUUCUUGUUAAAUAUUUUAUGUUAUCGUGAAAAUUUAACAUUGUUAUAAGAAGAAUUGCAAAACCUUAUGGAAAUCCAACAUUUUUUUGGAGAA